AUGGGAGAUGGAAAUCAACAACCCCCCUCCGUCGACUGGGCCAGUGCGGAUAUCACAAGUAACCCUGCUAUGCAGUAUCCCCUCGUGCUGUCAUUAGCGGAGAAGCCGGUCGCGACAAGUGAAGGCUCCGACCUUUCAACAGGUGCCAUCGCCGGUAUCGCGAUUGGAUGCUUUGCCGCAGGUGCACUGCUGGCUGGAGCCAUUCUGUGGUUUUGCCGGCGCCGAAGAAGACAGCCCAAGAAUCAAUAUCCCCAGCCGGACACAUAUGCGUUGGCUUCGCAGGAAAAAGGGUUCUCCGCCAGUGCUAUACCGUUAGCCGGAAAACGAUCAUCUGUAGCUGCUCUGGGUGGUGGACUUCCUCAGCCCUUGGAAGACAAAGCCAUCUCCGGCGAUGUCUCGAAGAUAAGCAAUGCCAUCAAAAACCAUGUCCAGAGUUACUACCACACCAGCCGUGUCAACCCUGGUCUCAUCGACUAUGAAGACCUUCACGCACUAGGACCAGGUCUACCAGUCUCGGUAGGAACGCUCACUACAUUGAUCGGAAAUGCUGCAACUCGAGAGAUUGCGCUAAGGUUCAUUAUCGCCUGGGUGAUCGUCUCGAAACUUCAACCCUCCAAAGAUCCCUCAAAGAGUCUCUUGCCGUCCGAAGUUGCGCAAUGUUACCAAGCUGUCGCAACUGGAGAUCGUGGCUAUCAAGCUCAAAUAUCAUUGAUGGCGCGCUGGCGGGUCAUGACUGCAGAGUUGAUGCAGGCUAGCUACAUUCGCAAUCCCUUCGGUCCUUCCGACAGUCGACAUGCAAGUAUACAGGCAACGCUUGCAACACUAGACAACGUUCUACAGCCAUACGCGGACUCUCGCAUGAACAAUGGAGAGCGCAAGCGGAAUCUUGAGGAAGUACUGAAGCGGGCUGCGCUUUUCGCUUUCACGCUGUUUUCCCAGCCUAGCGCAUGGGAAUUCGAGUGGCAGGAGGAACAAGGUGUCACGUCAGGGGACUUGUGCAUUUUCCCCGCUCUUGUGCAAGUAGCGGACGAGGCUGGUAAUCCAGUCAGUCCGCCGCGGCCUUUCAGCGAGGCUGUGGUGAGACGGUUGGAUGCAUGA